UGCGGGCUGGGGGGGCGCCGCCGGGGUGUCCGGGGCGGGGCGGCGGCAGCGGGGCUGCGGAGGGAGCUCCGCCGCUCCCGGCCCUUCCCUUCCCUUCUUUUCCCAUCCCUUCCUUCCCCCUCCGACCCUUUGCCGGCCGGGUGCUCGCCUGGGCUCCCCGCGAUGCCCCGGCCGCUGCCUCCCACGGAGCUGUACGCGGCAGAGCGGGCGGUGGUGCUGGCCUCCUGCCUGCUGUCCUGCCUGGGCUCCAGCCUCCUGCUCUGCACCCAUGCCCUUUGGCCGGAGCUGCGGACGCGUCCCAGGCAGCUCCUGCUCUACCUCUCCUUGGCCGACCUCCUCUCAGCCCUCUCCUACUUCUACGGGGUGCUGCAGGACUUUGACAGGACGUCGUGGGACUGCGUGCUGCAGGGCGCCCUGUCCACCUUCUCCAACACCAGCUCCUUCUUCUGGACCAUGGCCAUUGCCCUCUACCUCUACCUCACCAUCGUGAGGGGCUCGCCCACGGGGGCCGGCUUGCUCUGCUGCUUCCACGCAGUGAGCUGGGGAGUUCCCCUUUGCAUUACGGUUGCGGCUGUUGCUCUGAAGAAGAUUGGCUACGAUGCCUCCAAUGUUUCUGUGGGCUGGUGCUGGGUCAACCUGGAUGCAGAGGAUCGCGUCUUGUGGAUGCUGCUAACGGGGAAAGUUUGGGAGAUCCUGGCCUAUGUGACUCUGCCGGUGCUCUACAUCCUCAUCAAGAAGCACAUUAACAGAGCGCAUGCAGCGCUCUCAGAGUAUCGCCCCAUUCUCUCAAGAACACCGCUUCAGCCCCGGACUUCCAUAGCAGAUAAAAAGCUGAUUCUCAUCCCUGUCAUCUUCAUCAUCCUCCGCAUCUGGAGCACUGUGCGAUUCAUUCUGACGCUCUGCAACUCCCCUGCAGUGCAAAACUCAGUCCUGGUUGUCCUGCAUGGAAUCGGUAACACAUUCCAAGGCGGUGCCAACUGCAUUAUGUUUGUCCUCUGUACACGCGUGGUCCGGGCUCGGCUGCUCUCCUCUCUGUGCUGUUGCCGCUAUGAUGACUCAGGUUGGCCUUCGCCAAGGUCGAGCAGCAACCGGCAGCGCCCAGACCCUGCUGAGAGCGAGGACGUGCCAGACCCUGAGCGGACAAAACCUCUGCUCUCCAGCACCUGAGCCUGUGCUGCCCACAUCUCUGCACUGACUUCAUCUCUCUGGGUGCAGGAUCGCCCAAGAGUCCCACAGAGGGAGCUAAAGGCUGGGGAGAAGCACUGCUGGAGUGGCCGAGGAAAAUGAAGAUGGGCAUGCAGAUCCCAGCUGCGGUGGUCCUGACCUUCACUCAGGAUCUUCAGGAAGAUACUGUUUGGCUGCGCUCCAGCCUCCCGGGUUUCUUCCCUCCUUCUCCUCUCCUUCCACCAUAAAUUUUAAAAUUGUUUGGGGUUUUGCUUUUCUGUCUGACAGAGCAAAGAUGUUGUUGUGAGUUCUGGGGUCAACAAAUAGGGGGAUAGGGAAAUUUUAGUAGAUGCUGGAUAGGAGUGUCCUGGGCAUGGGUUUCAGUCCUGAGGUGUGAGGCCUCCCGGGGAGCACUGGUCUGGCUCCUGUUCUUCACUUGAAUAUGGACAACAGCAUGCAGACACGUUUGUUUGGUGGUGACGGUUCCUCUUCACGUUUUAUUCCUCCUUGGUGGCCAGGGGUCAUCAUCAUCAUCAGGGUGCAUGGUGGCUGCAUGUUUAUUGCCCCCUGGGGAUCUCAACUCCACAGACUCUUGGUGCUGAGGGGCACCUGCGCUCACCAGCCCGGUCUCCAGCAAGGAUGGCCCUCACCAUCCACAGGAGGGUGCCUGGCACGUGCUGGCCUCGUGCUGGCCUCCAGCCAGCCUCUGCCGAAGCACAGCCCGCGACCUGCUCCUGUCCUGGGAGUUUGUCCCGGGAGCAUUGUAUCAGGGCCAGGGAGGGGACGGUUUGUUGGUUGGAGAUACUGUGUUAAUUUAUUUACAGCUCCUCACUUGCUUGUGUUUUUUUAAAAUAUUUUUUUCCAACUUCUACAAAAUAAAGUUCCAUUUCUUUACCAAGAUGUUGUUCAAGCAUGUUGUGAUGGGCCUCUUGGCGCCUUGAAGAAUUUGGAUGAGAAAAUAUUGUGACCUCAGCUUUCAGGUUUCUUGUGUGUCUAGUGUAAAGACUGACCAAUGCAUGUGCCAGAAGACAAAUCUCUUCUACUGAUAUGUAGAUGAGUAUCUCUUCCUAUCAUUUUAUAUAUAUAGAAAUGUAAACUUCUGAUCAGUUUGAGCAAACCUGUUCACCAGUAUGUGUUGUUAUGUCCAGUUCCCCCGGGCCUAUUGCUAUGAACUGUGAAAAGAACAGUGUGUGGGGCUUGUUUCCCAUAGGUUCUGUUGACCUUAUGGACUGUGGUGCUUCAGCUGUGUGAGAUUACAAAUGUCACCUAAUCAUGAGAUUACCAAUUGAAUUUUCUCCAGAUGAGGCCACGCUGUCCGGUAGGUGGGACUAACGCUGGGCAGAGCUGGAGCUUUCCCAGGGCUUGCCCAAAUAGAGAAAAUUCAAGUCUUUAUGGAAAAAAUGGGCAGACUGACAAUAGUAGUGCUGUGUAAGGUGCCAUGCAUUCACAGCUGUGGAUGAACUUUACUCAGAUUAAAACUUUGGCCAUUUUACAGGGCUAGAAGCAGCCGGGGCCCCAGAGCAAGGAGUGGUGCUGGCCCAUGGCUAUAUUCAGAACUGAUUGAGCAACAGUGUCUGUUACUGGUUGCACAAUGCUUCCCAUGUGAGAUAUCUGCUUUUCUGUGGCUUAUAACUGUGCCCCAAAUUUAAGUGGUUGAUCCUAAAAUGUUCUCUGCUGGAGGCCAGCUGCACGGCAGGCAAGGAAAUGAGCCUGGAUGCUGCAGAGAGCAAGCAGAGGGAAAGGUGUUUGUUCUGCAGUGUUAGAGGUGACUGAAAGUCCCUUGAGGUAUUUUGGUUGCUCUAUCCAGGGGAGUUUACAUCAAUGCCCUGCCUUGUGUCUGCAUUAUAAGCCUUUGAAAAAAAGUUAUCUUGUAUGUCAAGGGUUGUCUUUUAGUUUAUCCUAUAUACUGCAGUGUCUUUGUCCCUUGGAGCUCCUGUGCUCAGUGUGCCCCGGUGCAUGGACCUGGGGUUGUGGCAGAAUGAAGGGCAGGAGCCGUGUGCUGGCUUCCAGCAACCAUCCUGGGGGGUCUUUGAAGCUCACAGAGGUUCGAAGGACAUCAAGAUGGAAAGAGCUGUGGGGAGGGUGCUGGCUGCCUGUAGGAGGGGAGCCAGAGGAGGGAAAGAAAGAAAAGUGUUGGGGCUGCGAAGAGCAGAGCUUGUUAAACAGGAAGAGCUGAAGGGCAACCAGGCAGGAAGGAUGAAAGUGACUUGAGGUGGUUGGAAGGGGAGGUCAAAAAGCUCUUAACAAAAUGUUAAGACUAACUGGAUAGCAAUGAACCCUCAGAGUGGAGGAGAGUGGGCUGUGCGGAGGAGGCAGGUAUGGGAUGCAGGGACAGAUUGGAUAGAAUGAGAAAGCAAGCUUUGAAAUGAGGGGAAUAAAGAGCAAAAGGCUGUAGUGGCUGCAGGGUGCUUGCCCACACCGUUUCCUGAGGCAGGAGUGAGUUAGAACUUGGUGAGUUCACCCUUCACCGUUACAUUCAUCUGCUGGUACUGGCUUGGUCACUGCAAAAUACCAUUCCCCCUUUUAUUUUUCUUCUCUUCAUGAGACUUGAGUCUAAUUGUGUAAGGUGAUCCCUGGCACCAGGAGUGAGCCAGGGUUCUGUAGAUUUAGGCAGUUUUUUAGUUUGUGAAACAUGGAGCUUGUGGGUUUAAUGAACCAUCUGCUUCCGAGCAGAGGAUGAAUCUCUUGUUGCCGAAAGCAGAGGAGCUUGGAAAACUAAUUUCUGGCUGUGUCACUACUAUCUCCCCUCCUCAAGAGACAGAACUGUUCUGGAGACGAGACCUGAGUGCUCUAAUGCUGCCAAACCAAACAUUUGUAUUGUACAAAUCACUUCUGCUACUCAGAAGUAGCAAAAAUGUCUCCUGUGCUGUGCUGAAUUCCCCAAGUCUUGUAGCCUGUGCAAACCCAGAGGGAACCACAGAAAUCGAUGCAGGGUGGCAUGAGCUGGCAAAAGGCAGGUCUUGGCUGGCAUAGUCAGUACUUCUGUCCUGCAUAGAAAAGUGAACCCACUGAGGUCCAAGAGGGCAGCGUGGGUAUUUUGAAUGGUCAGGUGCUUCUGCUGAACAAAGUGCAGAUGGAGCUUUAAUGGCCGAGCAUUCCAACACUUCCCGAAGCAUCUGCUGCAUCACACAACCAUGCCAGUGCAGAAAGGAGCAGACAGUUCACAGUGCAACUUAUCAGGGCGUGAUACGGUAAGUUUACAGACCUGCUUGCUCCUCUGUGCUUAUUUAGGGGAUGUGUGUGUGACUGAGGCUCUCCUGAGAUGAUCUUUGACAGUAGCUGUGGGAAAGGAAGAAGGAUGCUACCCAGUAUUGCAUUUGUGCAGCAAAACCAGGGUCUUGAUUACCUCUGAGUUGCAGGGCUUGUGUGUCACUGUUUAUCUGCAAGAUGUGCCUAUUUUAUCCAGCACCCCCCUCUACUCUGGGUAGGUGUUCAGGCUGCCAUGUCUGCCCCUUGCUUAAUUGCCUGGAUGCCAUGGAUGCAGCUGAUAAAGCAGUGCCUGUUUACAACUCUUUUGCAGGCAAAUCACUUGUUACCUAAAUUAUGGUCUCACCAGUUGUAGUUCAGGGCUGCAUGUCAUAUUGGUUUAGCCUUGCUACACGUGCAGUUCCUUCCCAAGUUGCAGGUGAAAAGGCUGCCAGCAUCAGUCCCUGGACGUGUUGUGCUGCAGGGUGUCUGCUAAUGAGGCUCCUUACCGCGGGCAUUGCCAUCAGCAGCACCGCCAGUGCCUAACCUAACCACAGCUUUUCCACUGCCUGCUGCUGAUGCUCUCAGCUGCAUCUGUCUCCAGCAGAUUUACUCUCCUCAGAACAAAACCUCACCUCUGAAUUAUGCCUGCCCCCUCUUGCCAAAGAUGGCAGGGCUCUGUAGGAUCCAGCUUUGAGCACAGACAAUUGAGCUGAUCGUAAAUAGUUCUCUGCGUACUUGCAUGGGAACUCAUCGUGCAGUGGACAAGUGCAGAGGAGAGAAGAUAACAGAGGUGGGUUAAUGCCUCCAGGCAAAUGCACUCCGUGCUCUAGCAGGCGUAAGAAGCUUAAUAUGUGCAGUGCAGCAGCUGAAAUGAGAAAAGUGCCUGUAAAAUUCCUGUGAAGUUGGCUCUGCUCUUUGCUCAAGUCCAACGGGAUCUGAACAAUUGGAGGCAGUAGUUAUUCCCCUGCAAUUACUGCGAAAGUUCAAGGACAAGGUUGUUCACAAUCCUGUCUUCCUUCAUUGAUAUCUCCCAAGCUCAGGGCCAAUUGCCACCUUAGGGAGGCUGUUGCCAGCCUCUUGCUGUGAUUGGCAAAUAUUCAAAGUGUUCUACUGUCAUAAGCAAAUAUUUAUUCUCUGAUGAAGGAUUUCUGAUGGCAAAUACAUGUCCUGUUUGAUUUCUGUCUAUAACAAGGUUAUUUAUUCAAACUCAGGGAAAGAGUUUAUAAACCAUGACAGAUGUCUUCUUUCUUAUGAUUACUGAAUAUUGGAGUGGCUGCCUGCCUGCCAAGAGCUCCCAGAAGGAUGAUACUGGCUUCAAAAAGCAGGAAUUUUUCAUGAGAAGCGUGUCCUUCAGGAUUCCCCACCCGUGGGGCAGAACGAGUCACGUAUGAAGCUUUUUCCCUCUUCUGACCCAAGAUCUGUGAGUGAGCUAUAACCUGUCCCAUUUAUUUUGGGGUACUUUGAAUGGUUUUUGAAGGCAACAUGUGAAAAGCUGUGUUAGCUCCAAGUGUCUCUGUUGGUGCCAGCUAGCUGCAAUCCCUUGAUGGGAAUGCUGAGGCAGGAUGAGAGUUUUUGAGGUAAUGAAUACUCUGUUUUGCAUCUCUGGUCAGUUAAGACCCCAAGGGAUAUGUAGGGCCAUGAUGCAGGAGCAAGCUUUUGGGAGACACGGGAUGUGAGCCACUGAAAUAGUUUCCAUAAGAAAACUACUAAGAGGAUUAUGUGGGUCCUGUAGGUUCCAAUUUGUCACAAUAUCCAAGCAAACAGUGUUUUUGAGGUUGUUGGCUUACAA